AUGCCCCCAACCCUAGAAAUCGCAACCUUCACACCCUCCUUCGCCCUCCACGCUCUUGCAUCCGGUGCAUCACGCAUCGAACUCUGUUCUCAUAGGAAUGAAGAUGGAUUGACACCUAGUAUUCAAGAAUUUCUGGAAGUGAAGAGGGGGGUUGCGAGUCUUAGGCUCGAAGAAAGUGAUGAUUAUGAUGAUACUAAAAACGAUGAUACACCAGAGACUCUCGAUGCUCGAAAAGAGAAUAAGAAAAACAUCAAAUCAAAAAUCAACAUAAUGAUCCGGCCCCACGACAACAGUCAUCCAGGCGCAGGUGCAAACGAAGAUUUCAGAGUGGGAAAUGAGGUAUUUGAGAAGAUGAAGGAGGAGAUUAGGAUCUUUAGGGGGGAGGGAGCACAGGGGUUUGUUUUUGGGAUUUUGAUGGAUGAUCAUGAGGGGGGUAGUGUGGAAGAGUUUGGAGAUGGGGAUGGAGAUGGGAACGGGGAUGGGAAAGGGAGGUUAGUGGUUGAUAAAGAGAGGUGCGCUGAAUUAAUCAAGAUAGCGAGGGAAGGAGAAGACGGGGAGAAACUGAUCUCCCUAAAUUUUACCGCACUCCUCACCUCAGGCGGAGCCCCAUGCGCUCUCGACGGAAUACCCCAAAUCGCCGGAUUAGUGCAGCAAGCAGCGGGAAGAAUAGAUGUUAUUGUAGGAGGUGGAGUGCGCAGUCGAAAUGUGAGGAAGUUGGUGAAGAUGACGGGAGCUGGCUGGUUUCAUAGUAGUGCGGCGAAUGGGGAUGGGGAAGAGGUGAGUGGGGAUGAGGUGAGGAGGCUGAGAUAUAUCUUGGAUUCUUGGGAGAUGCUUAGAGAUUAG